AUGCAUUUGCAGACUUGUAUGGGUCAUCACCAGUUCGAUACUACUUCGAAGAGUAAACCACCAGGAACUGAAACUGAUAUUGCUGUCCAGGUUGAAAGAAUGAAUUUGAAUGGCUUGCGACGAGUAACGCAGGAGCAUCAACAAUUAUUGGAACAAACAAGACAUCAUCUACGUGACCACAUAUCAUCACGUAUGGGUGAAUUACUCCUUUUAGGUCAUACUAUGCUCAAUGAAUACUGCGAGUUAUGUGCGGGUAUUUUAAUGGAGGAUCGCCAAGGAGUUCGCUGUUGUGUUGCUUGUGAUUUAGUGAAUACAGAGCUUGCAGGAGGACAGAACAACAGAACUACAGUUUCAAAUAACGAUGACCAAAAUGACUUCACUGAUAUUGCAACCGAGCGCAGCAAUAUGAGUCAAAGUAGUAGUAAUGAAGUUUUUCAACCACCCGCGCAGUUUCCUUCAACGGAUUCUCCUUUUCACUCGCCAGUUGAAAGAAGUUUCUCGAUGCGAACUGUUCGUAGUGAACGACUCACUGUAGAUGUUGGCACAUCACCACAUGCUGAUUUGCUGGGAUCUGGAAAUGUUCAGGUUGCGAUACAGGCAGUCGACGAUAAACUAAAAUGGUGCGCAGAACGAUUGAAAAGCUGCGAAAAUGUGGAGGAAGUAAUGAAACUAUAUGAAGCUAUUGAUUGUGGCAUUGAAAUUCUAAAACAUUUCAUUGGCGCUUCGCAUUGA